AUGGAGCCCCUUAUCGAGAGGCCAAAGGUUAAACCAGAGGGGUUGCUAGGAGACGCGGAGAACGGCAACAACAACAACAGUCUCUCACAGCCGGACCUGACGACACCUAGCAAGAGCAUUACAUGUCAGCCCCAGGCUCGAUCCACCCACAUCAACCCCAGCCAACCCUGCCUAACACAGCCAACCAGCCAGCCACGAGACGGAGCCAAGCCCCACACACACGGCCCCAACUGCACACACGCCCCUCACACCAACGGAGUGAGGAACGGAGGACCCUGUGAUCGGCCGGCCCCUGGCUCCCUCCCUAAGGCAGCCUCUUCCUCCUCCUCGUCGGGGAUGAAGAACUCCAAGAAGCUCCAGUCCAACCCCUCCAUCACCUCUCAGAGCAGCAAGAGGAGCAAGAGCUCCUCCAAGAGCAACAGCUCCCAGAUACCUACAGAGGUACAGGAUGACUGCUGUGUUCACUGUAUCCUGGCCUGUCUGUUCUGUGAGUUCCUGACUCUGUGUAACAUCGUGUUGGACUGUGCCACCUGUGGUUCGUGUGCGGGGGACGACUCGGCGUGCUUCUGCUGCUGCUGCGCCUCGGAGGAGUGUGGUGACUGUGAACUGCCGUGUGACAUGGACUGUGGGAUCAUCGACGCGUGCUGCGAGUCUGCAGACUGCCUGGAGAUCUGCAUGGAGUGCUGCGGCCUCUGUUUCUCCUCCUGAGCCUCCCAAACCGCAGUGGGUGAUAUACCUCUCUGUCUCACACACACAGCCCAGGCUCAGUAGAGAGGGUAGUGGAGGGGCAGGAUCAUUGGCCAACAUUGAGGACAUAUUGAGAGUUGCCAUUGGUCCAUGUAAGGACAAUCCAUUGGAAUUGACCAAUCAAAGGACAUGGACUACUCUUUGGCUUGUCCUGCUCACCUCUCUUCUGUGUUGCCUGUCAGUUUGCUAAGGAGAAUUAUGGAUAUCUCCCUUGUUACAACCACAUUGCUAUGCAGAUGUGUAUACACCAUGAUAGCUGUGCUCCAGCGAUGGUUCUGAGCGGCUUCUCUCUCU